ACUAAAAUGGCCGAUGAAGAUGCUUCACCUUACGGGGACUACAAGUUUGUGGCUCGGGUGGACCACAUCAAGACCUUCAAUCAGGCCAUCAAGUCUAUUUGCUUCAAUGAUUACGGCAUGCUGCAGGUUUCCGAGGAUGGACUGCGUAUCACCGUGGAGCAGGGCAAGUCCAUCCAGGCCACGCUUUUCAUGGCGCCAGGCGCCUUUAGGGAAUUCUACAUUCAGGACUUCCACAGCUUCGGCCUGAAGAUGAACGUGCUGUCCGAGUGCUUGAAUCUCUUCGGACCCGCUGAUUGCAGCCUGCGGAUGAUGUACAGAGAUCAGGGCGAUCCACUGAAGAUCAUAUUGUAUCCCUACGACGAUGAAGAUGUGAGCACAGAGUGCGCCAUCAAAACAAUGGACUGCGACGAUCCGGUCGACUACGACAUGAACCUGAAGGACGCGGACUUAAAUGUAAUUUUCGUCCGCGGGCCAAACCUGUCGAAAGUCUUCAACGAGCUGGAGAAGUCGGCGGAGGAGUUCGAGUUCGUCACGUCGCCCAACCGACCCCAUUUCAAGAUCACCACCGUUGGGAUCAUGCAGGCGGUUUUCAGCGUCGAGGUGGCCAAGACCAGUCCCAUGAUGAUGAUGUUUAACUGCAAGCAAACUGUGGUCGCUCGCUAUAAGAGCCAGCAGAUCCGGAUGACCAACAAGGCGAUGCAGUCGGCCACAAAAGUGGCCAUCAAAACCAACGCAGUUGGCCUUCUGGAACUGCACAUGGUGAUGCAGGGCGAGGGCCAUGAGGAGAUCUUCGUGCAGUUCUUCAUCAUUCCACUGCUCCAUACUGAUUAGGAUUAAUGACUGGUUGAUUAAAUAUAACUUCUAAAUGUU